AUGGCACCUCAAGAAAGCGACCCAUCACCCAAUUUUCUCAAAUCAUCAGAACCGACUGGAAAGCUGCGUAAAGAGGAUGACAUAGAUUCCUCGCUGAAUGCUUGGCUGGAAGAUCUUGAAAAACAAAACACCAGCCAGCAACAUCCAAGCAAACUAGCUGAUAGAUCACGUAUUGGGGGGGCUAUAUUUGGGACCAUUGUGAUUGGAGUUUUUGGCCUAAAGGCCCCCUUUGUAUUCACCAAGUCUAGGCUUCCGUACAUGGCUACACCCGGAACCAAAAUUCGAAAAGCUUUGCAACACUUGUGUAAAGAGAAGAAACCAGGGCUAUUCGUGGAUUUGGGAAGUGGCGACGGCGAAGCAAUUUAUCAGGCAGCAAAGUUGGGAUACAAUGCAGUUGGAAUCGAGUUGAACUUUACAAUGUGGGCGAUGUCAUCAAUACGAAGAAGACUCUUUUGGUCAAAGGAAGAGCGUUCAAGGUCAAAGUUGUUAUGGUCCGAUUUGUUUGAGUAUGAUUUGAAAGAUGCAAAUGCAGUGAUGAUAUUCGGGGUGACUCCUUUGAUGAAACCACUCAGUCAGAAAAUUUCUUCACAGUGCAAAAGCGGCACAGACAUACUGAGCUAUCGAUUUGCCCUACCGCUGGCCCACGACAAGAAGACACAAGAUCUAAUGAAAGCUGCCAUGGUCUAUGAUCACGAAGAAAUGCGGAUAUAUAGGUGUAAAUGA